UGAAAUCUCUCGAACGAACCAAAAAACUCCGAUGGCGAUUCCACCAAGAAACAAGCGCAAAGCAAGUUCCUCGCCGGAACGAGAAACCCAACCGCCGGAACCACCACACAAACCCGACGUUCCUUCUUCUUCGGCCGCUGAUAACUUCUUUCCUCCGCCGACGACGCAACCGUUCGUUUUCCCGCCAGGGUAUAAGUUUGUACCAAAGGACGAAGAACUCAUCUUCCAUUACUUGAAACCCUUCUCGCAAGGCGACAGAUACUCAUUGCUCAGUGUCCCUAUUCACCACGUCAACAUCUACGAGUCCAAUCCACAGCUACUUUCAGAGAAAUAUGAAAAGGGUAAUGAGAAAGAAUGGUUCUUUAUCUCGGAGAGGACCAAACUCGGUAAAGGCGGAGGCAGAGGCGGAAGACAGAAGAAACGUGGCAGCAAUGGAGGAUACUGGAGCGCAACAGUAGCUGCUAAGAAGAUUAACGCUGGGAACGGCAUAGUCGGCUACAAAACCAUACUAGACUACUACGUUGGGAAACAACCAAAUGGCGUAAAAGGGGAUUGGCUAAUGCAAGAAUACUGGCUUGAGUCUUCUUCUUCUGAUGAUGAUCAUAACAACGAGAAUAAGGUUGAUCAUGCGUUGUGCAAGAUUUAUCUGACUCCAAGGGGAGCAAAGAAGAAGAAGAAAUCCGAGGAAGAGGAGAUUGUGCAGCUGGAUUUGAAUCAACCGCAGCCUCAGGAUAUUGUGUAUCAGCGACAACAGUACUGUGAACUUCCAGCACAAGAUCAGAACCCGCUACCGCAGAAGUUGCCUUUUCCUUGUAACUUGGAUGGCUUUUCUGAGUUCAUUAGCUUUGAGCAGCAACCAGUGAUCGCAGACGAUUUUGAAGGUUUCUGGACUGACUUCAUUAAGUCAUCAUAUACACUGCUGGAUGGAGAUGAAGAAUACAAUAAUAUUGGUUUGUUUUUUAAUGCUUCGUCACAGAAGGAUUGA